UUUGACUUUUUAAACACUCAUUCAGUCAUUUGUUUUAGAUUAAAACUUUUCUGGGUUAUGUAUUGAUUCUAACUGAGUUCAUCAGGGGUGUUCAUCAGUGAUGAGAUCAUCAUGGAUUUCUAGUGCUUAUUUGGCCAUGUUUCUCAUGUUGUCUUUCUUCUCACCCAAUGCUGAGCCUUUCGAGUUUCCAAAUGUAAAUCUUCCUACAGUAGAGCCUGAUUUUUUCGGUUAUGCCUAUGAUAUUUUUAAAGAUGGUUCGAGGUUGAAUGUUAUCACGUCUAGAAUAGUCGAUGAAAUUACAUACCAUUGUGGCUUCUUCUGUACAGGAAGCUGUACUUCUUUUAUCUUUGUCGUCUUUAUUAUUCAAACCAGUUUUGAAGAAAGUCUCCUGCCUCAGAUUGUUUGGUCAGCCAACAGAGACAACCCGGUCGCGAAUACUGCGAUACUUAAUCUCACUGAAACAGGAGACUUGGUACUCAAAGAUGCAGAUGGAACCAUAGUUUGGAGCACUAAUACUACAGGGAAAUCUGUUGUUGGUGUGAACUUAACUGAUACCGGGAACUUGGUUUUGUUUGAUGUGAAUAACGCGACUAUCUGGCAAUCUUUUGAUCACCCAACAGACUGUUUGUUACCUGGCCAAAAGCUGUAUAAAGGUCAAAAGCUAAAAUCUAGUGUUUCUUCAACCAAUUGGAGUAGUCAAGAAGGUAUGUAUUCACUUCAAAUCACGAAUAACGGUCUGUUUGCAUUUGUUGAAUCAAAUCCGCCUCAAGUGUAUUACAGUUACCUAGUUAACGGCGCACACGAAAAUAGACAAGGAAGUUUUACGUUUUAUAAUGGGAGUUUGGCUAUCUUCAGUUCCAAUGUUGAGCCCGAUCGUGUGUUUAAUCUGGAAUCACCAUUGACAAAUAGUUUUGUUAAACUUAUGCCAGAUGGGCACUUGAAAUUGUUCCAAUUACCAUUAGCUUAUUGGAGGUUGACGACAGUGGUAACCGAUCUUCUUACAGAUUUUAUUGGAAAGACUAUUUCAAAGCAGUGA